GAACGACGAUCCAGAUUUUGAAGAUCAUUUUCAUAUCGCAUACCAGUUAUCACACGAAGUGUCGAUAGCCUGGCUGGCGAUGGAAGUACGGGAGUACUGGAUGCAACAGUAUAAGCUUGGCAUCCACGUCACUCCACAUGAGGAGUUUAACACCGCAGCACGGUACACGACCUACCCGAACGAUCAUAAAUCGAUC